UACCUUCUUGUUUGUCCGAUUGCAUUGCGAGAGGCGUGUUCUUCUCUUAAGCAUAAACUCUCCAUCCUCCACUAUCUUCACACUAAAAAAAUAUCUCUCCUCUCAAAUCUUCUCUCACACCUCUCCCUCUUUCUCUCUCUCUCUCUCUCUCUCUCUCUCUCUCUCACACACACACACACACACACUCUCUCUCUCUCUCUCUCCAUAGCAAUAUUCUUCUAUAUUUUUGAGUCCAUAAAUGAGCAGAAAAAUGCAGGAUCAAUAUGUGCCCCUAAAGCUCCACUAUUUGUGUUCAUUGAAGGAAGCGAUGUCACUCAAGUCUGAUAAAUUUUCGGCGCAUCUAAACCAGUCUAUAAAUAUGGGUUCUUCGGAGCCACCGUUGCUGGAGUUCUACGAGAGUCUCACCGGAGCAACCAUACCGGAGGACUUCGUGGUGGUGGAAGAAUGCGAACUGCCAAUCAUUGACCUGAGUAGAUUGAAAGGUGGGGAGUUGGAUGUGGAAGAGUGCAAGAGAGAAAUAGUGAAGGCAUCGGAAGAAUGGGGUUUCUUUCAGGUAAUGAACCACGGUAUACCUGGGAAGAUUCUAGAGAGAAUGAGAAGAGAGCAGCUUAGGGUUUUCGAGAAGCCAUUUAAAGUGAAGGAAAAUGAAGAAGGUUUGCCUUUCAAGGCCGGUAGUUACCGUUGGGGAACCAAAACGGCUACUUUUCCCAGUCAGCUCAACUGGUCGGAGGCGUUUCAUGUCCCAAUGACCAGUAUCGAGGAGUCCGGUGGUCACACCAAUCUCAGCUCAGCAAUGCUACAAUUUGCUACAACAGUCUCUGAUCUUGCGCAAAAGUUGGCUGAAAUUUUGGCAAAGAAUAUGGGUCACGAAUCGACAUUCUUUAAAGAAAAAUGUUUACCAAGCACUUGCUAUGUUCGGAUGAACAGAUACCCACCAUGUCCGGUAUCUCCUGAGGUGUUUGGUUUGGUUCCACACACUGAUAGCGACUUCCUCACUAUACUAUAUCAAGAUCAGGUCGGAGGAUUGCAGCUAGUGAAAGAUGGGCAAUUGGUAGCAGUUAAACCUAAUCCAGACUCUCUGAUUAUCAACAUCGGUGACUUAUUUGAGGCAUGGAGCAAUGGUGUUUAUAAGAGUGUUGAACAUAGGGUUGUCACCAACAAGCUAGUGCAGAGGUUCUCUACUGCGUACUUCUUCUGCCCAUCCUAUGAGACUGUGAUACAGAGUUGCGUUGAGCCUUCCAUGUAUAGAAAAUUUAGCUUUGGAGAAUUCAGAGAGCAGGUUACUGCGGAUGUCAAAAAAUUGGGUAAAAAAAUAGGGCUUCCUAGGUUUCUUGCAUGUGGCUAAUAGACUUUGAAUAUUACUAUUUAUCUACUAAGGUUAGGUUAUAUGAAAAAGAAAAAAAAGGUACAUUAGCAUAUAGUUGGCAUAUAUGGUGAUUUGCAUAUAUAGUUGGCAUAUAUGGUGAUUUGUGUAGUAAGACAUUUUAAAUAGGGCUUCCUAGGUUUCAUUUUUAUGCUUAGAAGUGGUGAUUUGUGUAGUGUACGUAUCAUAUAAAACAACCCUCAUCAACCAAGAAAGUAAGAUCUGCCAAGCAUCAAAGACACCAAAAGCUGUAAUUCAUAUAUAUCUUCAGGCGAAUGCUAUGACUCGUAGAGGGGGUGUGUAGUUUGAGAAUGUAAUUUAUGCACUUUUAGGCUAGUGAAUAGUGAUAUAUAUAUAUAUAUAUAUAUAUAUAUAUUUCAAUGUAGUUGUGCAAAUAAGUAUCAGAGUUGUGUAAUUGUACUUCAUGAAUGCAUAUUUUGAUAAGAACUGGU